GUAUUGGUGGAGGAAAGACAAAACAAACAAGUAGCAAGCAGGAACACAAAUUCAAAAGAACUCAAAGAAGAUCAUAUCUAGUGAAAUGUGUUUAUGGCAAACGGCACAUUGUCAUGCAGUGUACACUAAUGUAAGAAAGGAACAUUAAUGAUUUAUGGUUUUCUUUUAAAGGUUUAACUCAUGGAUCAUCGAGUGAUCUUCCUCAUUUUUGCAGGAGCAGUGCUCAGUGUUUCCUUUGCACAGACUCGUCAGUUCUACUUUGUGAACACUCCUUUAAACUGGAGAGAUGCUCAGAGUGUCUGCAGACAGAACUACACUGACCUGGCCACCAUAGAGAAUACAGCAGAUGUUGAUGCAGUUAUUGUUGCAUUAUCAAGUUAUACAGGGAAAGCCUGGAUUGGUCUACGCGAUGACAUGGUAAACAGUUGGAGGUGGUCUUUGAGUGACAGCAGCUUUUAUGGUGUUGGAGAGGCAACAUUUCGGUAUUGGACCUCUGGCGAGCCAAACAAUUAUAAUGGUAAACAGUUGUGUGUCCGCCUUUAUGGUAACAACGCCGAUUGGGAUGACGAUGAGUGCACUAACCCACGGCCUUUUGUCUGCUAUCGUGGUAUGGUUGCUGGCACACCCAGUUACAUUCUAAUUAACACCCCAUUGAACUGGACAGAAGCACAGAAACACUGCAGGCAGAAUUAUGUGGAUUUAGCAAGCAUACGGAAUAAUACAGAAAAUAACAUCAUUAAAGCUCUAGUAGGAGCAGUUACGGUCUGGAUUGGCCUGUAUCGCCAGAAAGUGUGGUCUGAUGGGAGCCAAUCUGUGUUUCAGUACAACAUAGUCAGUCAACAAGGCUCUUCUGGAGAUCAAUGUGUUACUGUAGAGAAGCCGGGACAAUGGUCAAAUAAUUACUGCUCUUCUCAAUUUCCAUUUAUUUGUUACAAAGCAGUUCCUCUGAAUGUGAACAAUUUGACUUUAUUGAGAAGAACAGAGACUACUGUCACUCUGCAGUGGAGUAAGAUCAUCAAUGCCAGCUAUGUGCUCCAGUUUAAUGGUACAGAGAGGAUGAUUGCAGCCCCUGAUGGUGAUGGACCAGUAACUUUCACAGUCUCAUCUCUCAGUGCUGGAACAACAUACACAUUCAAUCUUUACUCUGUUUAUGGAAACACCAGAAGCACCGGAGUACAACUGACAGUAACAACUGCUCCUCAAAAUGCAGAAAACUUUAGAGCAUCUGCACAGACUGAGACCAGCAUUACUCUUGAAUGGAGUAGAAUGAACACAAAUAUCAGCUUCGUGCUGCAGUUUAAUGGAACAGAGACAAACAUCAGCGCACCAGAAGGAGGAGGACCUGUAUCAUACAUGGUCACAUCACUCACUGCUCGGACGAAAUACACCUUUACUCUCUUCUGUGUGUUUGAAGGCAUAAGAAGCAGUGGAGUUACAGUUACUGCAUUUACGGGGCCCAAUACUUUGGUUCAUUUGAACAUGAGUUUAAGCUCAUUGAUUCAACAAUCAGAGUCAGACCUAAAUGAAGCUUUGGCUGAGUUCUUCAGACAAAACUGUUCCUUACAGCAGUUUUCCUUGAGGAUUGUUCAAGUCGAUGAGAGCAUUGAAGGAAACGCAUGAACACAAGAAGACUCAAUCUGCAGAGUUUUACUUGAUGAAUGUUUGUAAUUUCUCUACAACAAACUAUUCUUUGAAAAUAAUCAGCGCUGGUUGUGAGGAUUGGGUUGAUGGUUAUUGGGGAAACUUUGGAGAAGUAAAAAUAAUGAUAACAUUUUCUUUGGAAGGUGCAGGGUUAUUUAUACAUUUUUUUUGAAUAAUCAAAUGGAAAAAACCCAAAGGAAACUCACUGAAAGCCUUGGUGAAGAAUCUUCUGGAAUACUUUUUGUUUUACUUUACAGAACAACUGUAAUACUGCAUCUUAUCAGUCACAUCCCCUUACCAUCAUGAACUGUUUAAGUACAAAAUAAAAAUUUAGCAAUCUUAAGCUCUUUUGUAUAAUUAUAUAAUCAUUUAAUUUUGAAAACGUGGAUUUUACUUGGCUAAAGUCAGCAUUCCUUGUGUUUGAACUUCUGGUACUGUAUGCAUACAAGUAGAUACAUUGUUCCAAAAACAAAAAAACUUUACUUUAAACAUCUUUUGUAACAAGUUUUUUUUCUUUGUGUUUCACCAGAUUACUUUGUGACCCAUUUAUGUUGAUAUUUAGAAAUCUGCACCAACUAAAUGUGAAACUUAAUAACCAUGUUAUAAAGUAUAUUAUUAAACAAAUAUUAAGAGGAAAGUGGGAGCAAAUGGGUAACUCUUGCGUCAUCCAUUUUAUGUAUUUCUGAUAUAUGUAACUGUAUUAUUCAUAGUCACAAAAUCCCAAAUAAAAACUGAUGGUGGAAAGUA